AUGGCGACCAGUUCGACUAUACCUGAAGAUCUGUUGAACAAAUUGGCCCCAGGAUACAGAGAGUUUGCCCAGGCCAACUCCUCGCUACUACCGCGUCUACAUGGUAUUCCAUGGUCUCCUAAAUUCAGACAGCCGCCUCCAAACGGCCCGCCGGAUAUGGGAACCGAGCCACCAGUCGCGGUGGGCUCGCAGCGCGUUAUUGAUCUUGGUAACUACUCAGUCCAUGUAAUGAUUCCAGAUGGGGAGAAGCCAUCUGCGGGAUGGCCGACUGUGCUGUUCUUUCAUGGAGGAGGAUGGGUGUUUGGAAGUGCUGAUAUGAAUAAUGGGUUGUUGAGUCGUUUGUGUGCCAAGUGUGCUGUGGUUUCGGUAGAGUACCGACUAGCUCCUGAGCAUCCGUUCCCUGCCGGGCUGGAUGAUUCGUGGGAUGCCUUACUUUGGUUACGCCAGGGCGGUGUAGAGCAGCUGGGAGUGGAUCCUGACCGCAUUGCACUCAUGGGAAUCUCAGCGGGAGCAAACCUGGCAGCAGUUGUGGCCCAGCGCGCCUCUCUAAGCUCUCCUCGUAUCCCCCUCAAGUUGCAGAUCCUACACAUACCCGUUAUCGAUGCUUCCUUUUCUGUCGACGAUCGCUCCCGGUGGACGCAAUCAAUGAUCGAGUACGAAGACAUCUUUUCGCUCCCAGUAUUCAACAUGCUCUGGCUUCGCGAUAAUACUUACCCAACCCAGAAGACUGGACCAAACCCGAAGUAUCCCCCAUAUAUCAAGACAAUCCUGGUGCUUUCGGGGUGGUUAAAGGUCACUCACAUGGGACUUGGAGCUAGUCGGGUUUGCGAAGCUGCCCGUGAUCAUCGUGACGAGUUGAUCGCAUUCGUCAAAGAGAGCCUAUAG